GUCACCUUAGCUUCCAUUAGGAAGUUUACUAAAGAAAACAACUUGCCAUCGAAGUAAACAGCGGUCAGCAAUUCAUAGCCGAGUAACACAAGCUGACCAUUCACUGUUGCUGUGGUUAGAGUCGCCGCGACCUGUAAUUACCUUUCUUGGGAGGUGCACGUCAUACUACGGCGUGGAGUAGCCUACAAGCAUGUUUUUAACUCCUAGCUCCGCCCCUGUCAGUGAUUUGCUUAGAAAGUGAGAAAACAAUAUAAUUGUAAUUUCCAACUUUCCUAUUUUCAAAUGGAUCUACAAUACCUGAAACCUACAUUUAACAAAGAAAAAAAAACAAACAAAAACUAAAUAUCUUACGGUCCUCGGACCUCGAGCCACAUUCCCAGCAAGUUGUUGUUAGUGGUGUGUUUAUGCUUUCACAACAAGACCACAUGAGCCAUUUGACCAAUGGGUGUAUUCUGGAACGCUUUUUUGGCGAAGCCUACUGCGCAAGUCUCUGUCCAUUAUAGUGUGUAGGGCUAGUGGUGCACUGUGCUACACAUCUGGACGGUCCACUAUGGAACGUAUGUGGAAUGACGGGCACAAGAUCGGAUGGCAACCAAUACGCGAACCCCAACAUGACGGAUGACCCGAGUACGCACACCACCGACCCCGGGGUGGAACCCACGAUGCGCAGCGAGGAGGAGCGAUUUCGAACUUUCCAAAACUGGCCAAGCAAUGCGCCGGUUACCCCUGCUGACCUGGCAAGAGCCGGCUUUUACUUUCUUGGGGUCGGGGACACGGUACAAUGUUUCUGUUGUGAAGGAAUACUGAGAUACUGGGUUCACGGAGACAGCGCGUUGGAAGAACAUAAGAGGCACUUUCCAACGUGUGAUUUCGUGCUCGGCAGAAAUGUUGGCAAUAUACGGCGAUAUGCCGAACCGGGGUCUGCUGACGACGUGGAUGGACAACUUCUGAGCCAACUUCAGAGGAUGACGGUGGACGACCAAGGAGUCGCUGGCCAGGCAGUGUACCCGGAGAUGGAGUCAGAGGAUACUCGUUUGACCACCUAUCACAACUGGCCUACGGGAGCUUCGGUCCAACCUGAUGCUCUUGCCAGGGCAGGUUUUUUCUAUACCGGCCAUGGCGACAACGUCAAGUGCUUCUUUUGUGAUGGGGGCCUCAGAAACUGGGAACCUGGAGAUGACCCAUGGCAAGAGCAUGCCAAAUGGUUUCCACGGUGUGAGUUUCUGCUUCAAACAAGAGGGCGUGAAUAUGUCAGCAACAUCCAGGAGUCCUAUUUUAACAUGGGCGAAACAGUGGGUGGAUCCCAACCUCCUACCACCAGGGCAAUGACCUCGGGGAGCGACGUGGUGGGGGGUCAGGGGUCGUCUCCCGCCCUGCUGUCCCCCGUGGUGCAGACGGUGCUGGGAAUGGGCUUCCAGGCGGCGCUGGUGGAGAGCCUGGUGCAGACGCGUUACCUGCUGACCGGCCGGCACUACACCUCCGUGGCCGACCUGGUGGGCGACAUCCUACAGGCCGAGGAGGAGGACCGGCUGCGGGCCGAGCAGACCACAGAGCCGGUGGAGAGGCACGGUAACGGUGGCGGUGGGGGAAGAGCGCAGGUCACAGCCAGGGACAAAGCUCUAGGAGACCUGAGUGCAGAGGAGCAGUUGCGUCAGCUGCAGGAGGAACGCACCUGUAAGGUGUGCAUGGACAAGCUGGUGUCCAUCGUCUUCAUCCCGUGCGGUCACCUGGUGGUCUGCACCGACUGUGCCGCCAGCCUGCGCCACUGCCCAAUCUGCCGCGCCGUCAUCCGCGGUAGCGUGCGCGCUUUCAUGUCUUGAGUGAACGCAGAAAACACACACACAUACGUCGUACACACGAGUGUGUGUGUGUGUGUGGCAGAAAGACCACACUUAUACACGCAUGCCAUACAUGUGUGUGUGUGUGUGUGUGUGUGUUUGUGUGUGUGAAACAGAGAUAAUAGCUCUGGAUGUGGAGACACGUGAGAUUCUGAGAAUUUAGCCAGAUGCUGUAGCUCUACGCUACACAGAUGUGCCCAGUGAGCAUGUAUGUGUGUGUGUGUGUGUGUGUGUGUGUGUGUGGGUGUGUGUGGGUGUGUGUGGGUGUGUGAGCGACAGCACCCUUAGAAACCAGAUGAAAACAGAGUUUACAAUAAUGAUCUAAAAAUAAUAGUGACCUUGGUGAGGUGAUAAGCAGCAGUGGUAGUUUUACGUCAUAAGGUGCAUAUAACACAAACACAUGUCUGAUGUUGGCAACACACACUUAACUGCUAAAACACACCACGUUUGGCUGAGAACAGAACAGUUUCAGACGAAUAAUCCUCUACACAUGUCCGUUAUUGCCUUGUAAAGACUGCAAUGGGGUGGUCUUGUGUGAUGAAUGGGGUGCUUGUCUUUACACGAGGCAGAAUUUAAAGGGUUCAUAGUUUUCUGGGUUAUAAAGCCCUAAGAUGUUUUAUAUUGUUGAGCUGUAUUUUAUCAAAGAAAAGCCCAAGACAUGCUCACACACACACACACUCUUGGGCAGAUUUGUUUUCUCUGAUCAUAGAAAUGACAAUCCUUACUAUUUUGUUUGUACUCAUGGGAUUCAAAGUCAUAAUAAAGAGCGCAUUUGCAAGA